AUGGCGUUCAACACGAAGCUUCUUUUGGCCAUCUGCUGCGUCGCAUUGGUCUUUACUCUUGUCACUGCAAACAUUUCCAAAGAAGAGAUCGAUGGCUUCGUUGAGGAGCACAACAAGGCUCGUAAAGAUGUCGGCAACAAACCCCUCAAGUGGAACACGACCUUGGCCCAGUAUGCCCAAGAAUAUGCCGAUAAAAGAGUUGGCGAUUGCGCCAUGGAGCACUCAAGGGGACGUUGGGGUGAGAACUUGGCCUCCGGCGACGGCAUGAGCGGCGCAGCUGCCACCAAGUAUUGGGUCACUGAGAAGGAGUUAUAUGACGAAAAGUCCAACAAAUGCCUCAAAAGCAAAGACGAAUGUGGCCACUACCUUGCUGUGGUAUGGGGCAAAACCACCGAGGUCGGAUGUGGCAUUUCAAAGUGCAAGGAUGGAAAGAACUAUGUCGUUUGCAGCUACGAUCCCAUGUACCAGCCCGAGGACGAGCGCCCAUACUAA